CGCAACAUUGUCGAUAUCGUGACUUUCGCCUUAUCCCUUCCUUCUCGUACUUAGCGCGCUCUCAGAUCAUACUACAUGCCUCCGAACAGUCUGCCGAAAACUAAGCGCUGUAAUUUGUUCCACGAUGACGGAACCCCCAUCGCCACCAGGCGUGCGAUUGGGUGUGCAAAAUUCGAUUGUCGCUUUGCCCAUCCAGACGACCCUGAAUGGGAGAGGCUACCGCCAACUUUCGGACGCUUUGGCCGUUCACCAAGCCCGGCCAGGAGAGCUCGGAGAAGCUUGUCCCCGCGUCCGAGAGCUCGCGGACGUGGACGAUCUCGAACUCCUCCUCGACGCAGGUCGCGUUCACCUAUCACCCCUUCGACUAGACGACGCUCGUAUUCGCGAGGUCACUCGCCAACAAACUCCACCAGUUCUCGCUAUCGCGGCGACGACCGUUCUUUCCGUGACAGUGAUCGACAUCCACGUUUUCGAACUACGAGUGACCGUGACCCUCCUAGAUUCUCUUCCCCGAGCGAUCGUGACCGCGACCGCGAGAGGACCACCAGUUCGACAUACGACCGUUUCGGGGCCAGCUCCUCUAGAUUACCCCCGUCUGGUCCUCGGUCGAUGAUGAGGGCCUCAGAGGAUCGCUCGGAACCCGUCCCACCAUCAUCUGACCCACCACCUCCACCCCCAGACGGACCAGCCCCUCCCUUACCACCUCUCGGUUCCGGGUUCGCCACUACCUUUACUACUGUGGCACCCGCAGACGGAGGUUCUAGGGUGGAGUCAAACAAGAAGCUGAAGCAUGAUGUCUGGUCAGAACGGAUCAGCCUCCUAGCCGAAGCGUUCGCCGAACAUGACAAGGAGAAGGAGCUGGAGAAGGAGAUGCGGGACCAUCAACGGAUCGCACAGUCCGCCUACUUCUCGUCCCUUUCCGCUGAGGAGCAGACACAACACCUCGCUCAUCUCAACAGCACCCGAACCCGCUUAGAGGAACAGAAGUCAAAGAAUGCCGCAUAUACCGCUCGACUGGUCGACACUGCUUUCUGGCCCGUUCUCGCUCCCUUUGACGUCAAGGAGUUUGAAGAGAAAUAUAAUAAUAUGGUGCAGACCACCACCGAUCUUCGAAACAGUAUCAAUGAGACCCACACAUCGAUCAUGCGAGCUAGCACGUUGGACCCGUCUCGAACGCAGCCCGGGAGCACACAUGCAGGGCCGUCCGCCGCGGGUCCCAGCGCAUCCGGAGAGACUACCUCGCGCCCUACCAAGCGACGGCGAAUUGACUCUCCUGACGAAGAGGCAUCAGAGGCGGCACAACCACAGUCCGAGGUCGAUAAAGCCGUGGAGAUCAUUGAAGACCAGAUUUCCGCCCUUCAUGACCGUCUCGCGGGUCUCGAAAACGAACAAAACCUUUACACGGAGUCGAUCUUGGAUGAGUUCGACUCGAGGUUGGAGGACACGGUCGACAAGAUCGCGAACGAUACGGACGUCGUCGCGAACCUCGUAGCUGAAUUGCGGGUGAAUGGAGAGACAUCGCCGAUCAUUCAAGGCAAACUCAAGGCGUUGGAAAUGGCGUUGGCUUCGUGCGAUAAGGAUAUUGUUGACAUGUCGAAAGAGAUAGCUGAGUUGAUCACAAAAAAUAUGGAGUUGAAGAAGGAGAACGAUCGUCUGUUGCAGACGCAGGAAAGCCUGGUGCAGCGCAUCCAACAGCUCGAAUCCGCCCAAGUGGCACAGCAAGCGCUAAACGAAAGGACUCGUGGAGAACUUCGUGCAAUCAACCAAGCACUCCAAGUAUCGCAUGAGCAAGCACCACCCACACUCCAAAUCCCGCCCACCGAACUCCUCUUGCAAAGUAUCGAGCGACCGAUUUCCGCCAUCGUUCGCUCGAAGGCUCUACCGAUGAUGAAGGAACUCCAAAAAUCACUUCAGGACGUCCUUAGCGAGCGCGCUGACGAGAUCCACAAGGACGUACUACCGCGUAUUAAUGGAUGUCUGAGCUUAGCGGAGCUUAUUAUCAGUUGGAUCAGAAAGGUGGACUCGGAAGGGUGGGAGCAAACCGUACGGCCGCGGUCCUUGGGUCCGCGUACGAUCGGUGCACCGCCAGUUAUGGGGCCGCCUCCUCUUCCUUCAUCUAUGGCGCAUCAUCAGGUAAAACCGAGAUAGUUGUACGUGGUUGCCGACGGUGGUGGACCUCUGCCUGAUGCUUUCGACCUUUCUCUCUCCUUGUAUUCCUGUCUUGUUCUCAUGUCUAAUCACAUCUACAGUCUUCUAGCCGGCUAGUAUGUACUUGCUCCUUACGAGGCCACAUAACAUGAUUACAUAUGGCACAU